UUCCCCUCUGUCCUGUGACAGCAAGGCCCCAAGAUUCUCAUCCCCAAAGAUGUGCUCCCCCUCCACACGCCCUUCUAUCUCUGCUCCACCCAGGAACUCUCCGGCUCCAAUAUGCUGCGGCUGCUGCUUCUGCCCCUGCUGUGGGAAGGGUCCUUGGCCAAUAUUCCGGGAUUCCAGCUGACAGUGCCAGCAUCAGUGGCGGUGCAGGAGGGACAGUGCAUCUUCAUCCCCUGCCGUGUCUCCUACCCUGAGAGAGGCUGGAGCAACUCUACGGCAGCUUGGGGCUACUGGUUCAAGAAAGGGGCUAAGAGUUCUCAGGAUCUUCCAGUGGCCACAAAUAACCCACAUUAUGGGGUGUGGGAAGAAACAAAGGAACGAUUCCAUCUCCUCGGAGACCCCGGGACCUACAACUGCUCCCUGCACAUCAAAAACGCACAGAAAAGGGACACAGGAGUCUACUUCUUCAGGGUGGAGAGAGGGAGUUACGUGCGAUAUAAUUACAUACACAACCAGCUCUGUGUGUUUGUGAUGGCUCCAACAGAGACCCCUGACAUCCACAUCGCGGGGACCCUGGAGUCCGGUCACCCUGGGAACGUAACCUGUGCGGCGCCAUGGCCUUGUGAGCAGGGGACGCCCCCCACUUUCUCCUGGAUCGGGGCGAACCUCACUUCCGCACUGGGCCCCGAGGCUGCUCGCUCUUCAGUGCUCACUGUCACCCCACGGCCACAGGACCAUGGCACCAACCUCACCUGCCAAGUGACUUUCCCUGGGGCCGGUGUGACAGUGCAGAGGACCGUCCAGCUCAACGUGUCCUAUGCUGCACAGAGCCUGAUCAUCCAGGCGUUCCAGGGAAAUGACACAGGACCUACAGCCCUGGCUAAUGGCUCAUCAUUCCGCAUUCAAGAGGGCCAGGCCCUGCGCUUGGUGUGUGCUGCCGACAGCAACCCGCCCUCCAUGCUGAGCUGGACCCGGGGGAGCCUGACCUUGCAGCCCUCACAGCACACAGACCGUAGGGCUCUGGAGCUGCCUCUGGUGGAACUGGAGGACGAGGGAAAAUAUGUGUGCAGAGCUGAGCACCGGUUGGGCUCUCGGACAGCGUCUGUGAGCCUCUUUGUGAGGAGCCCACCACAGCUGCUGGGACCCACAUGCUCCUGGGAGGCUGCGGCUCUGCACUGCAGCUGCUCCUCCCAUUCCUGGCCGGCCCCGUCCCUGCGCUGGCGGCUCGGCCAGGGGCUGCUGGAGGGGAACAGCAGCAACGCCUCCUUCACGGUCACCUCCAGCUCGGCCGGGCCCUGGGCCAACAGCUCCCUGAGCCUCC